CUCUCUGUCUCUCAGGGUUUGUUUUGUACUUUUUGCACUCGUCCCAGAACCCGUCGAGCGAUGUCCAGCCCGUGUCUGCUGUCCCGCAGAUGAUCCGUGACCACGCCUUUUAUUGAUGCACUACAGCACCUUUCCGACGCCGUCCCGCAGCCGUGAGCCCCGCAGCUGAUGACCAAAGUGCGCGCCGCCACGCCCCCCCGCCGUCGCCCCGAGCCACGCGCCCCCCAGCCCCUCCCUCGGCCCCACGACCCCCCCCCCCCCCCCCCGGGACAUCCAGGGAUGUUCCAGAGGUUCGCCAGCGCUCUGUUCGGAGACGACGCGGAGGCGCUGAGCGGCGGACCGGAGACGGCCGAGGAAGAGGAGGAGGAGGACGACGAUGAUGAUGAAGACUGGAUCCUGGUCAACUACCUGGCUGAUGCCUGCUCCGCUCAGCGCGGGGACGGCCGCUCCGGGUCCACCGCCGGUCCCGAGGACGAGGAAGACCUGGUGAUGGUCCCCUCCCCCAUGGCCAGCCCCGCCAUCCGCUACGCCUCCUGCAUCUCCCUCAACUCCACGGCCGACACCGACCUGGACGGCGGGGCGGAGGAAGAGGAGGAGGAAGAGGACGACGGGGACGAAGGGGAGAGCGGGUUCCUUCGUCUGGACGCCGGCUCUCUGGAGGAGAGCUGGUUCGUCACGCCGCCGCCUUGCUUCACGGGCCGCGGCAGCCAGCCCGGCCUCCUGGAGACCAGCCCCCUGGAGAACCUGCUGAUCGAGCACCCCAGCAUGUCGGUCUACGCCCACCACGGCACCCGCAGGCUGACCCUCGACACCCUGCCGCGCUCCCUGGACCUGGACCUGGGCCUGGGCUUGUUCCCUGAAGGGGGGCCCGCCGCCAGGACACCCUGCGCUGGGAAGGAGGUGGGCAGACGCACUCUGGACGGCCCUCGUCACAGGCCGGAGGCCGCGGUGGUCCAGCGUCGCUCCAGCCUCCACUCGGCCUGCUACGUGGCGGGGCUCGCCGCCCGCGCCGGCCUCCUCCAGCAGCGCGCUGGCGACGCGACCCAACGCACCCAACCGGUGUCCCGCAACGCCCUGCGCCGCCUCAACCUGCUGCGCUCGCCGAAGGCCAGCACCAAGCACCUGCACCAGCCCAGCCAGAGACACCUCAACUACUGAGGCGCUCGGAUCAUCAUCAUCAUCAUCAUCAUCAUCAUCAUCUACAUCAUCAACCUCCGUCCUCUAAGCAUUGUGGGAAACUGACAUUGGCCACUGCAAGAAAUCCACACCAGCAACAGUUCUUCAGCCAUUGGUCACGCCCCGAUCUGUUCUCACAUCUGAUUGGACGGGGAAAUAAGGAAAAGUGGCUGGUGAUUUUUUUUUUAUUUUUUUUUUUAUCAGCUCAUGUGGCCAGUGGGUGCAAAGUUUCCACUCUCUUCCUCCUUCUCUCCAUCCAUCCAUCCUUCCUCCUAUCUAUUGAUGUUGAAAAGAAAAGACGUUAUCAUCAUCAUGUGUCCCCCAACAUGUCCUCCUCCCAUCACCUUUGUUUUGUUUUACUGUCCCUCUACUGGACCAGUUUGCGUCCAAUCACAGAGAGGAAGAGCUAUCACAGUGUUGUCCUCUCUUUCUCCUUCCGUUUCUUAUUCUCCUCUCCAUCCAUCCAUCCACCCUCCUUCAUAUUGAUGUUGAUGUGGUCCCAAACAUGUCCCCAAACAUGUCCUCCUCCUAUAAUCCUUGUUUCACUGUCCCUCUACUGGACCAGUUUGCGUCCAAUCCCAGAGAGGAAGAGAUCUCACGAUGUUCUCCUCCAUUUCUAUUUCUCCUUCUUUUCUCUCUUUACUUGAUCUUCAUGGACAGCUCCAUGUGUAGAAUCAAUGCUGUAGGUCACUUUACUCAGCGGCAGGUUCGCAGCGCGGCGGGACGUGAUGUCACGGCGAUGUCACGGCGAUGUCACGGCGAUGUCACGGCGAUGUCACGGCCUCUUGGCGGCGUUGCAACUCGAUCCGAGGAUGUCAGAUCCCGAAUCACUUCGACGCCAUUUAAUCGGUGCAGCAGCGUUGUGAUAGUGUCGCCCACAGAUGGUUGUGACUGUUGCGCGCCAGUUUUUAAAAGGAAAGUUAUUAAAACCAUGAGUCAAAAAACAUUUAAAGGAAAAAAAUCCCCUCGAAUAACUCAACACUGUUGUAGUCAGCAAGCUGUGAAAGGGCUGAAACUGAGGAUUAUUAUCACUGGUUCACCGAUUAAUCGAUUAGUUGUUUGGUCUAUAAAAGGUCAGAAAAUGGUAAAAAAAAAAAAACUAGAAUAAACUACAAUUUUUUUUUUUUUUCCCCAUAAAAAAAAUGACUCAUGGAUUAUUCGCUUAAUCGUCGCAGCUCUGAUCUGUAGCUGUUUCGGUCACACUUUUAUCUCGCUUUGUUCCUACUUCCUACGUUUCCCAUGAUGCAUUUCCACACCCGGCGACGACGACGCGUUUAUUUACAACAGAAAAUCUGUUACGCACUGGGCCUGAGACGCGGCUCUUUACCAGGCAGGGAUUCUAGAUUCUGGCCAGUUGCAUGAUGGGAAAUGUAGGAUCCAGUGUUUUUGGAGUUUUUGACCCAUAGACGUGACUCAAAAUUAGGAAAUCUCUGCAUGUGAUGCUUCAGUAUCGUUCAGGCCUUGAACCCUCAUGUUACCCACGGGUCAAAUUUGACCUGAGCGCUGAAAAUGUCAAAAUUCAAAAUAUCAACACGUCAAAAAAAAAAAAAAAAAA